UCAAGCGAGUGGUGCUGGGAAGUCAAGUGAGUGGUGCUGGGAAGUCAAGUGAGUGGUGCGGGGAAGUCAAGCGAGUGGUGCUGGGAAGUCAAGUGAGUGGUGCUGGGAAGUCAAGUGAGUGGUGCUGGGAAGUCAAUCAAGUGAGUGGUGCUGGGAAGUCAAGUGAGUGGUGCGGGGAAGUCAAGCGAGUGGUGCUGGGAAGUCAAGCGAGUGGUGCGGGGAAGUCAAGCGAGUGGUGCUGGGAAGUCAAGCGAGUGGUGCUGGGAAGUCAAGCGAGUGGUGCGGGGAAGUCAAGCGAGUGGUGCGGGGAAGUCAAGCGAGUGGUGCUGGGAAGUCAAGCGAGUGGUGCUGGGAAGUCAAGCGAGUGGUGCUGGGAAGUCAAGCGAGUGGUGCUGGGAAGUCAAGUGAGUGGUGCGGGGAAGUCAAGCGAGUGGUGCUGGGAAGUCAAGCGAGUGGUGCUGGGAAGUCAAGUGAGUGGUGCGGGGAAGUCAAGCGAGUGGUGCUGGGAAGUCAAUCAAGCGAGUGGUGCUGGGAAGUCAAGCGAGUGGUGCGGGGAAGUCAAGCGAGUGGUGCUGGGAAGUCAAGCGAGUGGUGCUGGGAAGUCAAGCGAGUGGUGCGGGGAAGUCAAGCGAGUGGUGCGGGGAAGUCAAGCGAGUGGUGCUGGGAAGUCAAGCGAGUGGUGCUGGGAAGUCAAGCGAGUGGUGCUGGGAAGUCAAGCGAGUGGUGCUGGGAAGUCAAGUGAGUGGUGCGGGGAAGUCAAGCGAGUGGUGCUGGGAAGUCAAGCGAGUGGUGCUGGGAAGUCAAGUGAGUGGUGCGGGGAAGUCAAGCGAGUGGUGCUGGGAAGUCAAGUGAGUGGUGCUGGGAAGUCAAGCGAGUGGUGCUGGGAAGUCAAGCGAGUGGUGCGGGGAAGUCAAGCGAGUGGUGCUGGGAAGUCAAGCGAGUGGUGCUGGGAAGUCAAGCGAGUGGUGCGGGGAAGUCAAGCGAGUGGUGCGGGGAAGUCAAGCGAGUGGUGCUGGGAAGUCAAGCGAGUGGUGCGGGGAAGUCAAGCGAGUGGUGCGGGGAAGUCAAGCGAGUGGUGCGGGGAAGUCAAGCGAGUGGUGCUGGGAAGUCAAGCGAGUGGUGCGGGGAAGUCAAGCGAGUGGUGCUGGGAAGUCAAGCGAGUGGUGCUGGGAAGUCAAGCGAGUGGUGCGGGGAAGUCAAGCGAGUGGUGCUGGGAAGUCAAGCGAGUGGUGCUGGGAAGUCAAGCGAGUGGUGCGGGGAAGUCAAGCGAGUGGUGCGGGGAAGUCAAGCGAGUGGUGCUGGGAAGUCAAGCGAGUGGUGCUGGGAAGUCAAGCGAGUGGUGCUGGGAAGUCAAGCGAGUGGUGCUGGGAAGUCAAGCGAGUGGUGCGGGGAAGUCAAGCGAGUGGUGCGGGGAAGUCAAGCGAGUGGUGCGGGGAAGUCAAGCGAGUGGUGCUGGGAAGUCAAGCGAGUGGUGCUGGGAAGUCAAGCGAGUGGUGCUGGGAAGUCAAGCGAGUGGUGCUGGGAAGUCAAGCGAGUGGUGCUGGGAAGUCAAGCGAGUGGUGCGGGGAAGUCAAGCGAGUGGUGCGGGGAAGUCAAGCGAGUGGUGCGGGGAAGUCAAGCGAGUGGUGCUGGGAAGUCAAGCGAGUGGUGCGGGGAAGUCAAGCGAGUGGUGCUGGGAAGUCAAGCGAGUGGUGCUGGGAAGUCAAGCGAGUGGUGCGGGGAAUUCAAGCGAGUGGUGCGGGGAAGUCAAGCGAGUGGUGCGGGGAAGUCAAGCGAGUGGUGCUGGGAAGUCAAGCGAGUGGUGCUGGGAAGUCAAGCGAGUGGUGCUGGGAAGUCAAGCGAGUGGUGCGGGGAAGUCAAGCGAGUGGUGCGGGGAAGUCAAGCGAGUGGUGCGGGGAAGUCAAGCGAGUGGUGCUGGGAAGUCAAGCGAGUGGUGCUGGGAAGUCAAGCGAGUGGUGCGGGGAAGUCAAGCGAGUGGUGCUGGGAAGUCAAGCGAGUGGUGCUGGGAAGUCAAGCGAGUGGUGCGGGGAAGUCAAGCGAGUGGUGCUGGGAAGUCAAGCGAGUGGUGCUGGGAAGUCAAGCGAGUGGUGCGGGGAAGUCAAGCGAGUGGUGCGGGGAAGUCAAGCGAGUGGUGCUGGGAAGUCAAGCGAGUGGUGCUGGGAAGUCAAGCGAGUGGUGCUGGGAAGUCAAGCGAGUGGUGCUGGGAAGUCAAUCAAGCGAGUGGUGCUGGGAAGUCAAGCGAGUGGUGCGGGGAAGUCAAGCGAGUGGUGCUGGGAAGUCAAGCGAGUGGUGCUGGGAAGUCAAGCGAGUGGUGCGGGGAAGUCAAGCGAGUGGUGCUGGGAAGUCAAGCGAGUGGUGCUGGGAAGUCAAGCGAGUGGUGCGGGGAAGUCAAGCGAGUGGUGCUGGGAAGUCAAGCGAGUGGUGCUGGGAAGUCAAGCGAGUGGUGCUGGGAAGUCAAGCGAGUGGUGCGGGGAAGUCAAGCGAGUGGUGCUGGGAAGUCAAGCGAGUGGUGCUGGGAAGUCAAGCGAGUGGUGCUGGGAAGUCAAGCGAGUGGUGCUGGGAAGUCAAGCGAGUGGUGCUGGGAAGUCAAGCGAGUGGUGCUGGGAAGUCAAGCGAGUGGUGCUGGGAAGUCAAGUGAGUGGUGCGGGGAAGUCAAGCGAGUGGUGCUGGGAAGUCAAGUGAGUGGUGCUGGGAAGUCAAGUGAGUGGUGCGGGGAAGUCAAGCGAGUGGUGCUGGGAAGUCAAGCGAGUGGUGCUGGGAAGUCAAGCGAGUGGUGCUGGGAAGUCAAGCGAGUGGUGCGGGGAAGUCAAGCGAGUGGUGCUGGGAAGUCAAGCGAGUGGUGCUGGGAAGUCAAGCGAGUGGUGCGGGGAAGUCAAGCGAGUGGUGCUGGGAAGUCAAGCGAGUGGUGCGGGGAAGUCAAGCGAGUGGUGCUGGGAAGUCAAGCGAGUGGUGCUGGGAAGUCAAGCGAGUGGUGCGGGGAAGUCAAGCGAGUGGUGCGGGGAAGUCAAGCGAGUGGUGCGGGGAAGUCAAGCGAGUGGUGCUGGGAAGUCAAGCGAGUGGUGCUGGGAAGUCAAGCGAGUGGUGCUGGGAAGUCAAGCGAGUGGUGCUGGGAAGUCAAGCGAGUGGUGCUGGGAAGUCAAGCGAGUGGUGCGGGGAAGUCAAGCGAGUGGUGCGGGGAAGUCAAGCGAGUGGUGCUGGGAAGUCAAGCGAGUGGUGCUGGGAAGUCAAGCGAGUGGUGCUGGGAAGUCAAGCGAGUGGUGCGGGGAAGUCAAGCGAGUGGUGCGGGGAAGUCAAGCGAGUGGUGCGGGGAAGUCAAGCGAGUGGUGCUGGGAAGUCAAGCGAGUGGUGCUGGGAAGUCAAGCGAGUGGUGCGGGGAAGUCAAGCGAGUGGUGCUGGGAAGUCAAGCGAGUGGUGCUGGGAAGUCAAGCGAGUGGUGCGGGGAAGUCAAGCGAGUGGUGCGGGGAAGUCAAGCGAGUGGUGCGGGGAAGUCAAGCGAGUGGUGCUGGGAAGUCAAGCGAGUGGUGCGGGGAAGUCAAGCGAGUGGUGCUGGGAAGUCAAGCGAGUGGUGCGGGGAAGUCAAGCGAGUGGUGCGGGGAAGUCAAGCGAGUGGUGCGGGGAAGUCAAGCGAGUGGUGCGGGGAAGUCAAGCGAGUGGUGCUGGGAAGUCAAGCGAGUGGUGCUGGGAAGUCAAGCGAGUGGUGCUGGGAAGUCAAGCGAGUGGUGCGGGGAAGUCAAGCGAGUGGUGCGGGGAAGUCAAGCGAGUGGUGCGGGGAAGUCAAGCGAGUGGUGCUGGGAAGUCAAGCGAGUGGUGCUGGGAAGUCAAGCGAGUGGUGCGGGGAAGUCAAGCGAGUGGUGCUGGGAAGUCAAGCGAGUGGUGCUGGGAAGUCAAGCGAGUGGUGCGGGGAAGUCAAGCGAGUGGUGCUGGGAAGUCAAGCGAGUGGUGCUGGGAAGUCAAGCGAGUGGUGCUGGGAAGUCAAGCGAGUGGUGCGGGGAAGUCAAGCGAGUGGUGCUGGGAAGUCAAGCGAGUGGUGCUGGGAAGUCAAGCGAGUGGUGCUGGGAAGUCAAGCGAGUGGUGCUGGGAAGUCAAGGGAGUGGUGCGGGGAAGUCAAGCGAGUGGUGCGGGGAAGUCAAGCGAGUGGUGCUGGGAAGUCAAGCGAGUGGUGCUGGGAAGUCAAGCGAGUGGUGCUGGGAAGUCAAGCGAGUGGUGCGGGGAAGUCAAGCGAGUGGUGCUGGGAAGUCAAGCGAGUGGUGCUGGGAAGUCAAGCGAGUGGUGCGGGGAAGUCAAGCGAGUGGUGCUGGGAAGUCAAGCGAGUGGUGCUGGGAAGUCAAGCGAGUGGUGCGGGGAAGUCAAGCGAGUGGUGCUGGGAAGUCAAGCGAGUGGUGCUGGGAAGUCAAGCGAGUGGUGCUGGGAAGUCAAGCGAGUGGUGCGGGGAAGUCAAGCGAGUGGUGCGGGGAAGUCAAGCGAGUGGUGCUGGGAAGUCAAGCGAGUGGUGCUGGGAAGUCAAGCGAGUGGUGCUGGGAAGUCAAGCGAGUGGUGCUGGGAAGUCAAGCGAGUGGUGCUGGGAAGUCAAGCGAGUGGUGCUGGGAAGUCAAGCGAGUGGUGCUGGGAAGUCAAGCGAGUGGUGCGGGGAAGUCAAGCGAGUGGUGCUGGGAAGUCAAGCGAGUGGUGCUGGGAAGUCAAGCGAGUGGUGCUGGGAAGUCAAGCGAGUGGUGCUGGGAAGUCAAGCGAGUGGUGCUGGGAAGUCAAGCGAGUGGUGCUGGGAAGUCAAGCGAGUGGUGCGGGGAAGUCAAGCGAGUGGUGCUGGGAAGUCAAGCGAGUGGUGCGGGGAAGUCAAGCGAGUGGUGCGGGGAAGUCAAGCGAGUGGUGCGGGGAAGUCAAGCGAGUGGUGCUGGGAAGUCAAGCGAGUGGUGCGGGGAAGUCAAGCGAGUGGUGCUGGGAAGUCAAGCGAGUGGUGCUGGGAAGUCAAGCGAGUGGUGCGGGGAAGUCAAGCGAGUGGUGCGGGGAAGUCAAGCGAGUGGUGCGGGAAAGUCAAGCGAGUGGUGCUGGGAAGUCAAGCGAGUGGUGCUGGGAAGUCAAGCGAGUGGUGCUGGGAAGUCAAGCGAGUGGUGCUGGGAAGUCAAGCGAGUGGUGCGGGGAAGUCAAGCGAGUGGUGCUGGGAAGUCAAGCGAGUGGUGCUGGGAAGUCAAGCGAGUGGUGCGGGGAAGUCAAGCGAGUGGUGCGGGGAAGUCAAGCGAGUGGUGCGGGGAAGUCAAGCGAGUGGUGCUGGGAAGUCAAGCGAGUGGUGCUGGGAAGUCAAGCGAGUGGUGCUGGGAAGUCAAGCGAGUGGUGCUGGGAAGUCAAGCGAGUGGUGCGGGGAAGUCAAGCGAGUGGUGCGGGGAAGUCAAGCGAGUGGUGCGGGGAAGUCAAGCGAGUGGUGCUGGGAAGUCAAGCGAGUGGUGCGGGGAAGUCAAGCGAGUGGUGCUGGGAAGUCAAGCGAGUGGUGCGGGGAAGUCAAGCGAGUGGUGCUGGGAAGUCAAGCGAGUGGUGCUGGGAAGUCAAGCGAGUGGUGCGGGGAAGUCAAGCGAGUGGUGCGGGGAAGUCAAGCGAGUGGUGCUGGGAAGUCAAGCGAGUGGUGCUGGGAAGUCAAGCGAGUGGUGCUGGGAAGUCAAGCGAGUGGUGCGGGGAAGUCAAGCGAGUGGUGCGGGGAAGUCAAGCGAGUGGUGCUGGGAAGUCAAGCGAGUGGUGCUGGGAAGUCAAGCGAGUGGUGCGGGGAAGUCAAGCGAGUGGUGCUGGGAAGUCAAGCGAGUGGUGCUGGGAAGUCAAGCGAGUGGUGCGGGGAAGUCAAGCGAGUGGUGCGGGGAAGUCAAGCGAGUGGUGCUGGGAAGUCAAGCGAGUGGUGCUGGGAAGUCAAGCGAGUGGUGCUGGGAAGUCAAGCGAGUGGUGCGGGGAAGUCAAGCGAGUGGUGCGGGGAAGUCAAGCGAGUGGUGCGGGGAAGUCAAGCGAGUGGUGCUGGGAAGUCAAGCGAGUGGUGCUGGGAAGUCAAGCGAGUGGUGCGGGGAAGUCAAGCGAGUGGUGCUGGGAAGUCAAGCGAGUGGUGCUGGGAAGUCAAGCGAGUGGUGCUGGGAAGUCAAGCGAGUGGUGCUGGGAAGUCAAGCGAGUGGUGCGGGGAAGUCAAGCGAGUGGUGCGGGGAAGUCAAGCGAGUGGUGCUGGGAAGUCAAGCGAGUGGUGCUGGGAAGUCAAGCGAGUGGUGCGGGGAAGUCAAGCGAGUGGUGCGGGGAAGUCAAGCGAGUGGUGCGGGGAAGUCAAGCGAGUGGUGCGGGGAAGUCAAGCGAGUGGUGCUGGGAAGUCAAGCGAGUGGUGCUGGGAAGUCAAGCGAGUGGUGCUGGGAAGUCAAGCGAGUGGUGCGGGGAAGUCAAGCGAGUGGUGCGGGGAAGUCAAGCGAGUGGUGCGGGGAAGUCAAGCGAGUGGUGCUGGGAAGUCAAGCGAGUGGUGCGGGGAAGUCAAGCGAGUGGUGCUGGGAAGUCAAGCGAGUGGUGCGGGGAAGUCAAGCGAGUGGUGCUGGGAAGUCAAGCGAGUGGUGCGGGGAAGUCAAGCGAGUGGUGCUGGGAAGUCAAGCGAGUGGUGCUGGGAAGUCAAGCGAGUGGUGCUGGGAAGUCAAGCGAGUGGUGCGGGGAAGUCAAGCGAGUGGUGCGGGGAAGUCAAGCGAGUGGUGCUGGGAAGUCAAGCGAGUGGUGCUGGGAAGUCAAGCGAGUGGUGCUGGGAAGUCAAGCGAGUGGUGCUGGGAAGUCAAGCGAGUGGUGCUGGGAAGUCAAGCGAGUGGUGCUGGGAAGUCAAGCGAGUGGUGCUGGGAAGUCAAGCGAGUGGUGCGGGGAAGUCAAGCGAGUGGUGCUGGGAAGUCAAGCGAGUGGUGCUGGGAAGUCAAGCGAGUGGUGCUGGGAAGUCAAGCGAGUGGUGCUGGGAAGUCAAGCGAGUGGUGCUGGGAAGUCAAGCGAGUGGUGCUGGGAAGUCAAGCGAGUGGUGCGGGGAAGUCAAGCGAGUGGUGCUGGGAAGUCAAGCGAGUGGUGCGGGGAAGUCAAGCGAGUGGUGCGGGGAAGUCAAGCGAGUGGUGCGGGGAAGUCAAGCGAGUGGUGCUGGGAAGUCAAGCGAGUGGUGCGGGGAAGUCAAGCGAGUGGUGCUGGGAAGUCAAGCGAGUGGUGCUGGGAAGUCAAGCGAGUGGUGCGGGGAAGUCAAGCGAGUGGUGCGGGGAAGUCAAGCGAGUGGUGCGGGAAAGUCAAGCGAGUGGUGCUGGGAAGUCAAGCGAGUGGUGCUGGGAAGUCAAGCGAGUGGUGCUGGGAAGUCAAGCGAGUGGUGCUGGGAAGUCAAGCGAGUGGUGCGGGGAAGUCAAGCGAGUGGUGCUGGGAAGUCAAGCGAGUGGUGCUGGGAAGUCAAGCGAGUGGUGCGGGGAAGUCAAGCGAGUGGUGCGGGGAAGUCAAGCGAGUGGUGCGGGGAAGUCAAGCGAGUGGUGCUGGGAAGUCAAGCGAGUGGUGCUGGGAAGUCAAGCGAGUGGUGCUGGGAAGUCAAGCGAGUGGUGCUGGGAAGUCAAGCGAGUGGUGCGGGGAAGUCAAGCGAGUGGUGCGGGGAAGUCAAGCGAGUGGUGCGGGGAAGUCAAGCGAGUGGUGCUGGGAAGUCAAGCGAGUGGUGCGGGGAAGUCAAGCGAGUGGUGCUGGGAAGUCAAGCGAGUGGUGCGGGGAAGUCAAGCGAGUGGUGCUGGGAAGUCAAGCGAGUGGUGCUGGGAAGUCAAGCGAGUGGUGCGGGGAAGUCAAGCGAGUGGUGCGGGGAAGUCAAGCGAGUGGUGCUGGGAAGUCAAGCGAGUGGUGCUGGGAAGUCAAGCGAGUGGUGCUGGGAAGUCAAGCGAGUGGUGCGGGGAAGUCAAGCGAGUGGUGCGGGGAAGUCAAGCGAGUGGUGCUGGGAAGUCAAGCGAGUGGUGCUGGGAAGUCAAGCGAGUGGUGCGGGGAAGUCAAGCGAGUGGUGCUGGGAAGUCAAGCGAGUGGUGCUGGGAAGUCAAGCGAGUGGUGCGGGGAAGUCAAGCGAGUGGUGCGGGGAAGUCAAGCGAGUGGUGCUGGGAAGUCAAGCGAGUGGUGCUGGGAAGUCAAGCGAGUGGUGCUGGGAAGUCAAGCGAGUGGUGCGGGGAAGUCAAGCGAGUGGUGCGGGGAAGUCAAGCGAGUGGUGCGGGGAAGUCAAGCGAGUGGUGCUGGGAAGUCAAGCGAGUGGUGCUGGGAAGUCAAGCGAGUGGUGCGGGGAAGUCAAGCGAGUGGUGCUGGGAAGUCAAGCGAGUGGUGCUGGGAAGUCAAGCGAGUGGUGCUGGGAAGUCAAGCGAGUGGUGCUGGGAAGUCAAGCGAGUGGUGCGGGGAAGUCAAGCGAGUGGUGCGGGGAAGUCAAGCGAGUGGUGCUGGGAAGUCAAGCGAGUGGUGCUGGGAAGUCAAGCGAGUGGUGCGGGGAAGUCAAGCGAGUGGUGCUGGGAAGUCAAGCGAGUGGUGCUGGGAAGUCAAGCGAGUGGUGCGGGGAAGUCAAGCGAGUGGUGCGGGGAAGUCAAGCGAGUGGUGCGGGGAAGUCAAGCGAGUGGUGCGGGGAAGUCAAGCGAGUGGUGCUGGGAAGUCAAGCGAGUGGUGCUGGGAAGUCAAGCGAGUGGUGCUGGGAAGUCAAGCGAGUGGUGCGGGGAAGUCAAGCGAGUGGUGCGGGGAAGUCAAGCGAGUGGUGCGGGGAAGUCAAGCGAGUGGUGCUGGGAAGUCAAGCGAGUGGUGCGGGGAAGUCAAGCGAGUGGUGCUGGGAAGUCAAGCGAGUGGUGCGGGGAAGUCAAGCGAGUGGUGCGGGGAAGUCAAGCGAGUGGUGCGGGGAAGUCAAGCGAGUGGUGCGGGGAAGUCAAGCGAGUGGUGCUGGGAAGUCAAGCGAGUGGUGCUGGGAAGUCAAGCGAGUGGUGCUGGGAAGUCAAGCGAGUGGUGCGGGGAAGUCAAGCGAGUGGUGCGGGGAAGUCAAGCGAGUGGUGCGGGGAAGUCAAGCGAGUGGUGCUGGGAAGUCAAGCGAGUGGUGCUGGGAAGUCAAGCGAGUGGUGCGGGGAAGUCAAGCGAGUGGUGCUGGGAAGUCAAGCGAGUGGUGCUGGGAAGUCAAGCGAGUGGUGCGGGGAAGUCAAGCGAGUGGUGCUGGGAAGUCAAGCGAGUGGUGCUGGGAAGUCAAGCGAGUGGUGCGGGGAAGUCAAGCGAGUGGUGCUGGGAAGUCAAGCGAGUGGUGCUGGGAAGUCAAGCGAGUGGUGCUGGGAAGUCAAGCGAGUGGUGCUGGGAAGUCAAGUGAGUGGUGCGGGGAAGUCAAGCGAGUGGUGCGGGGAAGUCAAGCGAGUGGUGCUGGGAAGUCAAGCGAGUGGUGCUGGGAAGUCAAGCGAGUGGUGCUGGGAAGUCAAGCGAGUGGUGCGGGGAAGUCAAGCGAGUGGUGCUGGGAAGUCAAGCGAGUGGUGCUGGGAAGUCAAGCGAGUGGUGCGGGGAAGUCAAGCGAGUGGUGCUGGGAAGUCAAGCGAGUGGUGCUGGGAAGUCAAGCGAGUGGUGCGGGGAAGUCAAGCGAGUGGUGCUGGGAAGUCAAGCGAGUGGUGCUGGGAAGUCAAGCGAGUGGUGCGGGGAAGUCAAGCGAGUGGUGCGGGGAAGUCAAGCGAGUGGUGCUGGGAAGUCAAGCGAGUGGUGCUGGGAAGUCAAGCGAGUGGUGCUGGGAAGUCAAGCGAGUGGUGCUGGGAAGUCAAGCGAGUGGUGCUGGGAAGUCAAGCGAGUGGUGCUGGGAAGUCAAGCGAGUGGUGCUGGGAAGUCAAGCGAGUGGUGCGGGGAAGUCAAGCGAGUGUCAAGCGAGUGGUGCUGGGAAGUCAAGCGAGUGGUGCGGGGAAGUCAAGCGAGUGGUGCUGGGAAGUCAAGCGAGUGGUGCUGGGAAGUCAAGCGAGUGGUGCGGGGAAGUCAAGCGAGUGGUGCGGGGAAGUCAAGCGAGUGGUGCUGGGAAGUCAAGCGAGUGGUGCGGGGAAGUCAAGCGAGUGGUGCUGGGAAGUCAAGCGAGUGGUGCUGGGAAGUCAAGCGAGUGGUGCGGGGAAGUCAAGCGAGUGGUGCGGGGAAGUCAAGCGAGUGGUGCGGGGAAGUCAAGCGAGUGGUGCUGGGAAGUCAAGCGAGUGGUGCUGGGAAGUCAAGCGAGUGGUGCUGGGAAGUCAAGCGAGUGGUGCUGGGAAGUCAAGCGAGUGGUGCGGGGAAGUCAAGCGAGUGGUGCUGGGAAGUCAAGCGAGUGGUGCUGGGAAGUCAAGCGAGUGGUGCGGGGAAGUCAAGCGAGUGGUGCGGGGAAGUCAAGCGAGUGGUGCGGGGAAGUCAAGCGAGUGGUGCUGGGAAGUCAAGCGAGUGGUGCUGGGAAGUCAAGCGAGUGGUGCUGGGAAGUCAAGCGAGUGGUGCUGGGAAGUCAAGCGAGUGGUGCUGGGAAGUCAAGCGAGUGGUGCGGGGAAGUCAAGCGAGUGGUGCUGGGAAGUCAAGCGAGUGGUGCGGGGAAGUCAAGCGAGUGGUGCUGGGAAGUCAAGCGAGUGGUGCUGGGAAGUCAAGCGAGUGGUGCGGGGAAGUCAAGCGAGUGGUGCGGGGAAGUCAAGCGAGUGGUGCUGGGAAGUCAAGCGAGUGGUGCUGGGAAGUCAAGCGAGUGGUGCUGGGAAGUCAAGCGAGUGGUGCGGGGAAGUCAAGCGAGUGGUGCGGGGAAGUCAAGCGAGUGGUGCUGGGAAGUCAAGCGAGUGGUGCUGGGAAGUCAAGCGAGUGGUGCGGGGAAGUCAAGCGAGUGGUGCUGGGAAGUCAAGCGAGUGGUGCUGGGAAGUCAAGCGAGUGGUGCGGGGAAGUCAAGCGAGUGGUGCGGGGAAGUCAAGCGAGUGGUGCUGGGAAGUCAAGCGAGUGGUGCUGGGAAGUCAAGCGAGUGGUGCUGGGAAGUCAAGCGAGUGGUGCGGGGAAGUCAAGCGAGUGGUGCGGGGAAGUCAAGCGAGUGGUGCGGGGAAGUCAAGCGAGUGGUGCUGGGAAGUCAAGCGAGUGGUGCUGGGAAGUCAAGCGAGUGGUGCGGGGAAGUCAAGCGAGUGGUGCUGGGAAGUCAAGCGAGUGGUGCUGGGAAGUCAAGCGAGUGGUGCUGGGAAGUCAAGCGAGUGGUGCUGGGAAGUCAAGCGAGUGGUGCGGGGAAGUCAAGCGAGUGGUGCGGGGAAGUCAAGCGAGUGGUGCGGGGAAGUCAAGCGAGUGGUGCUGGGAAGUCAAGCGAGUGGUGCUGGGAAGUCAAGCGAGUGGUGCGGGGAAGUCAAGCGAGUGGUGCUGGGAAGUCAAGCGAGUGGUGCUGGGAAGUCAAGCGAGUGGUGCGGGGAAGUCAAGCGAGUGGUGCGGGGAAGUCAAGCGAGUGGUGCUGGGAAGUCAAGCGAGUGGUGCUGGGAAGUCAAGCGAGUGGUGCGGGGAAGUCAAGCGAGUGGUGCUGGGAAGUCAAGCGAGUGGUGCUGGGAAGUCAAGCGAGUGGUGCGGGGAAGUCAAGCGAGUGGUGCGGGGAAGUCAAGCGAGUGGUGCGGGGAAGUCAAGCGAGUGGUGCGGGGAAGUCAAGCGAGUGGUGCUGGGAAGUCAAGCGAGUGGUGCUGGGAAGUCAAGCAAGUGGUGCUGGGAAGUCAAGCGAGUGGUGCGGGGAAGUCAAGCGAGUGGUGCGGGGAAGUCAAGCUAGUGGUGCGGGGAAGUCAAGCGAGUGGUGCUGGGAAGUCAAGCGAGUGGUGCUGGGAAGUCAAGCGAGUGGUGCUGGGAAGUCAAGCGAGUGGUGCUGGGAAGUCAAGCGAGUGGUGCGGGGAAGUCAAGCGAGUGGUGCGGGGAAGUCAAGCGAGUGGUGCGGGGAAGUCAAGCGAGUGGUGCUGGGAAGUCAAGCGAGUGGUGCGGGGAAGUCAAGCGAGUGGUGCUGGGAAGUCAAGCGAGUGGUGCGGGGAAGUCAAGCGAGUGGUGCUGGGAAGUCAAGCGAGUGGUGCUGGGAAGUCAAGCGAGUGGUGCGGGGAAGUCAAGCGAGUGGUGCGGGGAAGUCAAGCGAGUGGUGCGGGGAAGUCAAGCGAGUGGUGCUGGGAAGUCAAGCGAGUGGUGCUGGGAAGUCAAGCGAGUGGUGCGGGGAAGUCAAGCGAGUGGUGCGGGGAAGUCAAGCGAGUGGUGCUGGGAAGUCAAGCGAGUGGUGCUGGGAAGUCAAGCGAGUGGUGCGGGGAAGUCAAGCGAGUGGUGCUGGGAAGUCAAGCGAGUGGUGCUGGGAAGUCAAGCGAGUGGUGCGGGGAAGUCAAGCGAGUGGUGCGGGGAAGUCAAGCGAGUGGUGCGGGGAAGUCAAGCGAGUGGUGCUGGGAAGUCAAGCGAGUGGUGCGGGGAAGUCAAGCGAGUGGUGCUGGGAAGUCAAGCGAGUGGUGCUGGGAAGUCAAGCGAGUGGUGCUGGGAAGUCAAGCGAGUGGUGCGGGGAAGUCAAGCGAGUGGUGCGGGGAAGUCAAGCGAGUGGUGCGGGGAAGUCAAGCGAGUGGUGCUGGGAAGUCAAGCGAGUGGUGCUGGGAAGUCAAGCGAGUGGUGCUGGGAAGUCAAGCGAGUGGUGCUGGGAAGUCAAGCGAGUGGUGCGGGGAAGUCAAGCGAGUGGUGCUGGGAAGUCAAGCGAGUGGUGCGGGGAAGUCAAGCGAGUGGUGCGGGGAAGUCAAGCGAGUGGUGCUGGGAAGUCAAGCGAGUGGUGCGGGGAAGUCAAGCGAGUGGUGCUGGGAAGUCAAGCGAGUGGUGCUGGGAAGUCAAGCGAGUGGUGCGGGGAAGUCAAGCGAGUGGUGCGGGGAAGUCAAGCGAGUGGUGCUGGGAAGUCAAGCGAGUGGUGCUGGGAAGUCAAGCGAGUGGUGCUGGGAAGUCAAGCGAGUGGUGCUGGGAAGUCAAGCGAGUGGUGCGGGGAAGUCAAGCGAGUGGUGCGGGGAAGUCAAGCGAGUGGUGCUGGGAAGUCAAGCGAGUGGUGCUGGGAAGUCAAGCGAGUGGUGCGGGGAAGUCAAGCGAGUGGUGCUGGGAAGUCAAGCGAGUGGUGCUGGGAAGUCAAGCGAGUGGUGCGGGGAAGUCAAGCGAGUGGUGCGGGGAAGUCAAGCGAGUGGUGCUGGGAAGUCAAGCAAGUGGUGCUGGGAAGUCAAGCGAGUGGUGCUGGGAAGUCAAGCGAGUGGUGCGGGGAAGUCAAGCGAGUGGUGCGGGGAAGUCAAGCGAGUGGUGCUGGGAAGUCAAGCAAGUGGUGCUGGGAAGUCAAGCGAGUGGUGCUGGGAAGUCAAGCGAGUGGUGCGGGGAAGUCAAGCGAGUGGUGCGGGGAAGUCAAGCGAGUGGUGCGGGGAAGUCAAGCGAGUGGUGCUGGGAAGUCAAGCGAGUGGUGCUGGGAAGUCAAGCGAGUGGUGCGGGGAAGUCAAGCGAGUGGUGCUGGGAAGUCAAGCGAGUGGUGCUGGGAAGUCAAGCGAGUGGUGCUGGGAAGUCAAGCGAGUGGUGCUGGGAAGUCAAGCGAGUGGUGCGGGGAAGUCAAGCGAGUGGUGCGGGGAAGUCAAGCGAGUGGUGCGGGGAAGUCAAGCGAGUGGUGCUGGGAAGUCAAGCGAGUGGUGCUGGGAAGUCAAGCGAGUGGUGCGGGGAAGUCAAGCGAGUGGUGCUGGGAAGUCAAGCGAGUGGUGCUGGGAAGUCAAGCGAGUGGUGCGGGGAAGUCAAGCGAGUGGUGCGGGGAAUUCAAGCGAGUGGUGCUGGGAAGUCAAGCGAGUGGUGCUGGGAAGUCAAGCGAGUGGUGCUGGGAAGUCAAGCGAGUGGUGCUGGGAAGUCAAGCGAGUGGUGCUGGGAAGUCAAGCGAGUGGUGCUGGGAAGUCAAGCGAGUGGUGCGGGGAAGUCAAGCGAGUGGUGCGGGGAAGUCAAGCGAGUGGUGCUGGGAAGUCAAGCGAGUGGUGCUGGGAAGUCAAGCGAGUGGUGCUGGGAAGUCAAGCGAGUGGUGCUGGGAAGUCAAGCGAGUGGUGCUGGGAAGUCAAGCGAGUGGUGCUGGGAAGUCAAGCGAGUGGUGCUGGGAAGUCAAGCGAGUGGUGCUGGGAAGUCAAGCGAGUGGUGCGGGGAAGUCAAGCGAGUGGUGCGGGGAAGUCAAGCGAGUGGUGCGGGGAAGUCAAGCGAGUGGUGCGGGGAAGUCAAGCGAGUGGUGCGGGGAAGUCAAGCGAGUGGUGCGGGGAAGUCAAGCGAGUGGUGCUGGGAAGUCAAGCGAGUGGUGCUGGGAAGUCAAGCGAGUGGUGCGGGGAAGUCAAGCGAGUGGUGCGGGGAAGUCAAGCGAGUGGUGCUGGGAAGUCAAGCGAGUGGUGCUGGGAAGUCAAGCGAGUGGUGCGGGGAAGUCAAGCGAGUGGUGCGGGGAAGUCAAGCGAGUGGUGCGGGGAAGUCAAGCGAGUGGUGCGGGGAAGUCAAGCGAGUGGUGCUGGGAAGUCAAGCGAGUGGUGCUGGGAAGUCAAGCGAGUGGUGCUGGGAAGUCAAGCGAGUGGUGCGGGGAAGUCAAGCGAGUGGUGCUGGGAAGUCAAGCGAGUGGUGCUGGGAAGUCAAGCGAGUGGUGCUGGGAAGUCAAGCGAGUGGUGCUGGGAAGUCAAGUGAGUGGUGCUGGGAAGUCAAGUGAGUGGUGCGGGGAAGUCAAGCGAGUGGUGCGGGGAAGUCAAGCGAGUGGUGCGGGGAAGUCAAGCGAGUGGUGCGGGGAAGUCAAGCGAGUGGUGCGGGGAAGUCAAGCGAGUGGUGCUGGGAAGUCAAGCGAGUGGUGCUGGGAAGUCAAGCGAGUGGUGCUGGGAAGUCAAGCGAGUGGUGCUGGGAAGUCAAGCGAGUGGUGCUGGGAAGUCAAGCGAGUGGUGCUGGGAAGUCAAGCGAGUGGUGCGGGGAAGUCAAGCGAGUGGUGCGGGGAAGUCAAGCGAGUGGUGCUGGGAAGUCAAGCGAGUGGUGCGGGGAAGUCAAGCGAGUGGUGCGGGGAAGUCAAGCGAGUGGUGCGGGGAAGUCAAGCGAGUGGUGCGGGGAAGUCAAGCGAGUGGUGCGGGGAAGUCAAGCGAGUGGUGCGGGGAAGUCAAGCGAGUGGUGCGGGGAAGUCAAGCGAGUGGUGCUGGGAAGUCAAGCGAGUGGUGCUGGGAAGUCAAGCGAGUGGUGCUGGGAAGUCAAGCGAGUGGUGCUGGGAAGUCAAGCGAGUGGUGCUGGGAAGUCAAGCGAGUGGUGCUGGGAAGUCAAGCGAGUGGUGCUGGGAAGUCAAGCGAGUGGUGCUGGGAAGUCAAGCGAGUGGUGCUGGGAAGUCAAGCGAGUGGUGCUGGGAAGUCAAGCGAGUGGUGCUGGGAAGUCAAGCGAGUGGUGCUGGGAAGUCAAGUGAGUGGUGCUGGGAAGUCAAUCAAGUGAGUGGUGCUGGGAAGUCAAGCGAGUGGUGCUGGGAAGUCAAGCGAGUGGUGCUGGGAAGUCAAGCGAGUGGUGCUGGGAAGUCAAGCGAGUGGUGCGGGGAAGUCAAGCGAGUGGUGCUGGGAAGUCAAGCGAGUGGUGCUGGGAAGUCAAGCGAGUGGUGCGGGGAAGUCAAGCGAGUGGUGCGGGGAAGUCAAGCGAGUGGUGCGGGGAAGUCAAGCGAGUGGUGCGGGGAAGUCAAGCGAGUGGUGCUGGGAAGUCAAGUGAGUGGUGCUGGGAAGUCAAGUGAGUGGUGCGGGGAAGUCAAGCGAGUGGUGCGGGGAAGUCAAGCGAGUGGUGCUGGGAAGUCAAGCGAGUGGUGCUGGGAAGUCAAGCGAGUGGUGCUGGGAAGUCAAGCGAGUGGUGCUGGGAAGUCAAGCGAGUGUCAAGUGAGUGGUGCGGGGAAGUCAAGCGAGUGGUGCGGGGAAGUCAAGCGAGUGGUGCGGGGAAGUCAAGCGAGUGGUGCGGGGAAGUCAAGCGAGUGGUGCGGGGAAGUCAAGCGAGUGGUGCUGGGAAGUCAAGCGAGUGGUGCUGGGAAGUCAAGCGAGUGGUGCUGGGAAGUCAAGCGAGUGGUGCUGGGAAGUCAAGCGAGUGGUGCUGGGAAGUCAAGCGAGUGGUGCUGGGAAGUCAAGCGAGUGGUGCUGGGAAGUCAAGCGAGUGGUGCUGGGAAGUCAAGCGAGUGGUGCGGGGAAGUCAAGCGAGUGGUGCGGGGAAGUCAAGCGAGUGGUGCGGGGAAGUCAAGCGAGUGGUGCGGGGAAGUCAAGCGAGUGGUGCGGGGAAGUCAAGCGAGUGGUGCGGGGAAGUCAAGCGAGUGGUGCGGGGAAGUCAAGCGAGUGGUGCGGGGAAGUCAAGCGAGUGGUGCUGGGAAGUCAAGCGAGUGGUGCUGGGAAGUCAAGCGAGUGGUGCUGGGAAGUCAAGCGAGUGGUGCUGGGAAGUCAAGCGAGUGGUGCUGGGAAGUCAAGCGAGUGGUGCUGGGAAGUCAAGCGAGUGGUGCUGGGAAGUCAAGUGAGUGGUGCUGGGAAGUCAAUCAAGUGAGUGGUGCUGGGAAGUCAAGCGAGUGGUGCGGGGAAGUCAAGCGAGUGGUGCGGGGAAGUCAAGCGAGUGGUGCGGGGAAGUCAAGCGAGUGGUGCGGGGAAGUCAAGCGAGUGGUGCGGGGAAGUCAAGCGAGUGGUGCGGGGAAGUCAAGCGAGUGGUGCGGGGAAGUCAAGCGAGUGGUGCGGGGAAGUCAAGCGAGUGGUGCUGGGAAGUCAAGCGAGUGGUGCUGGGAAGUCAAGCGAGUGGUGCUGGGAAGUCAAGCGAGUGGUGCUGGGAAGUCAAGCGAGUGGUGCUGGGAAGUCAAGCGAGUGGUGCUGGGAAGUCAAGUGAGUGGUGCUGGGAAGUCAAGUGAGUGGUGCUGGGAAGUCAAGUGA